CAUGGCCUCUCCUUCAUCUCAAGCCAUCAGCUGCAAAACCUGCACUGAAACAUCAAAGCAAAGCACUUCGCAAGAUACUCAUCUUCACCUGACAUAUAUAAUUAUUUAACCAUGGUGGUUCCGGUGAUCGACUUCUCCAAGCUCGACGGCGCUGAGAGGGCGGCGACGAUGGCGCAGAUCGCCAAUGGCUGCGAGGAGUGGGGAUUCUUUCAGCUGGUGAACCAUGGCAUCUCGUUGGAGCUUCUUGACCGCGUGAAGAAGGUGUGCUCCGAGUGCUACCGCCUCCGGGAGGCCGGGUUCAAGUCGUCGGAGCCGGUGCGCACGCUGGACGCGCUCGUGGAGGCGGAGCGGCGCGGCGAGGAGGUGGCGCCGGUGGACGACAUGGACUGGGAGGACAUCUUCUACAUCCACGACGCCUGCCAGUGGCCCUCCGACCCGCCGGAGUUCAAGGAGACCAUGCGCGAGUACCGCGCCGAGCUCAAGAAGCUCGCCGAGCGGGUCAUGGAGGCCAUGGACGAGAAUCUCGGCCUGGAGAAGGGCGCCAUCAAGGGUGCCUUCUCCGGCGACGGCCGCCACGAGCCGUUCUACGGCACCAAGGUCAGCCACUACCCGCCGUGCCCGCGCCCGGACCUCAUCACGGGGCUGCGCGCGCACACCGACGCCGGCGGCGUCAUCCUGCUGUUCCAGGACGACCAGGUCGGAGGCCUGCAGGUGCUCAAGGACGGCGAGUGGACUGACGUGCAGCCGCUCGCCGGCGCCAUCGUCGUCAACACCGGCGACCAGGUGGAGGUGCUCAGCAACGGGCGGUACCGCAGCGCGUGGCACCGCGUCCUGCCGAUGCGCGACGGCAACCGCCGCUCCAUCGCCUCGUUCUACAACCCUUCGGACGAGGCCACCAUCUCUCCGGCGGUGGCCGGCGACGAGGCGUACCCCAAGUACGUGUUCGGCGACUACAUGGACGUGUACGCGAAGCAGAAGUUCCAGCCCAAGGAGCCGAGGUUCGAAGCCGUCAAGGCGCCAAAGUCAUCUCCAGCCGCUUAAAACAAAUUAUUAAGGAGACUAAACUUAAUUAUUAUUUAUUUGUUGGUUUGAUAUAAUAACCUGAAGAAAUAAGCAUAAUAUGGGUUGGUAUUUGAGUUGUUGCAUUGUGUCAUAGUGGAAUGGUAUGGUUCUGUACACAUUGUGUUAGUUACAAGUUUGUUGUAGUCUUUGGUGAUAGGAUAAGAUUAAGCUUAUGCACAUCCAACUCUUGGGGGUUUUUUCAUGUACUUAAUGUGAUGCUGCUUGUAAGAGUUGUACCAUUAUUCUUCAAAUCCAAUAUAAAAUGCGACCUUUGGUA